AUGGCCCCGUCCAAGAAGGAGGCGCGCCUCAUUCGCGUCGCCUUCCUCCAGUCGCUCAUCACGCACCGGUGCAUGACGGAAAAGUACGCCCAGCAGCUCCACCGCCGCAUCUGCCAUGCCGUCAACAUCGAACCGGACAGGGACGACUUCGCCAACCUGCUCGACACCCUCGCCACGUCCCUCAACCCGCUCGACCUCGAGGUGCGGAGAACCGUCGACCAGUACCGCGCCGUCCCCGUCCUCGCCCUCGUCAACACAAAGGCAGACGAGAUCGCAAAGGUGGCCACCAGCUACAAGGACGCAGAAGUGGCCUACAUCAAGAAGCUGAUCAAGGCCAUCUUCACCGCACCGGACGAGGCCUACUGCGUGUCGUCGAUGCAGGCGCUCCGCCUCUCCAACGAGAUCAAGCCGCCCAUGUCGAAAAAGAAUUGCGAGGAGCUUCUCGACAACCUCAUCGCGCACCAGUGGCUGGUCAAGACGAGGACCGGCCGGUACGCGCUGUCGUCGCGCUCGCUGCUCGAGCUGCAUGGCUACCUGAAAAACGAGUUCCCGGACCACCUGCUCGAGUGCUCAAAGUGCCACGACGUCGUGACGCAGGGAAAGGCUUGCAGCUCCCCAGACUGCCCCGUCCGCAUCCACGUCCACUGCGAAACGAGCCUGACGAUGCGAGCGGGGACGCUCGAGUGUCCCGGAUGCCAGGCCAACUGGGCCACUGCCCAUCCCGUCGGAGAGGACAGCGUCGGAAGUGGUCGAAGGCCCAACCGACGUCGUGGAGCGGGCCAUGACGACGACGAGGAGGAGGAGGACGAAGACGAAGACGAAGAAAUGAUGGAAGGGGAUCAGAGCGGACACGGUGCGGAAGCAGUCGACGAGGACGACGAAGACGACGACGACGAUGAUGAUGACGAAGACGACGACGAUGAUGGCCCCCCAGUGCGUACGGCGGCCAGUAGGAGAGGCGGAGCGCGCGUCGCCAAGACCGAACCGGCGUCGCAGGGAGCCAUGGACGAGGACGAGGUCGACGAGAUCGAAUACGUCGACGAGUAG